UGAGCAGCCGCAAGCAUGUGAAAAACUUGUUACAAAAAUUGGAUAGUGGGUAGAGGUAAAACAAAAACAUAUUCAAACAAUGAGGGGAAUUUCUGCCUAUCGUCUGUUAAACGUCAGUUUCCACAGAUUGCAAAGUAGACCAUUCUCUUCUCGAGCAACUACCAGAGCUUCCCGUGGUCAUGGCCGGUCACACGAGCAGGCUCUCAUGGACGUCGCCAAGGUCAGGAACAUCGGAAUCAUGGCGCACAUCGAUGCAGGGAAAACGACAACCACGGAAAGAAUGUUAUUUUUCUCCGGGUUAACUCGCCAUAUAGGUAAUGUUGACAGAGGUGAUACAGUGACUGACUAUAUGGACCAGGAGAGAGACCGAGGUAUUACCAUAACCUCUGCAGCAGUAACAUUUUAUUGGAAUGAUCACAAAGUGAAUCUAAUAGAUACACCAGGACACAUAGAUUUUACAGUAGAAGUUGAAAGAUCUCUGCGAGUGCUGGAUGGUGGUAUUGUAGUAUUGGACGGAUCAAGAGGGGUAGAAGCACAGACAGUGACGGUGUGGAGACAGGCUCAUAGAUAUGGCGUGCCUCGUAUUGCUUACAUCAACAAACUGGAUAAAGCCAAUGCAGAUUUUGAAGAUUCAUUGAACUCUAUUCAGAAAAAGCUCCACAUUUUACCACUACCAUUACAAAUUCCUGUGUUCUCAGAAGAUAAGAUUUGUGGCGUGGUGGACCUGAUAACCAUGGAAAAAGUGGUUUGGGACAGAAAAGAUGAAGCCAGCGCAGGUCCACAAAGAGCACCUGUUACAAAAGCUGAUGAUGACUUGUGGGAGAGGAGCGAGGAAGCAAGACUCAAUUUGAUUGGUGAGCUGGCUGACAUCGAUGAAGAGAUUGCUUCUCUUGUUUUGGGUGACAUCAAAGUACAGGAUAUACCUCCACAGAAAAUCCAUAAUGCUGUCAGGAAGGUGACAUUAGAUAAAACAGCACUCCCUGUCUUAUGUGGAAGCUCAUUAAAGAACAUUGGUGUCCAACCUUUAUUAGAUGCUGUCAAUCUCUAUCUCCCAAGCCCAGAUGAUAUUCAGCACGAUUUCAAAAAAUUCUACAAGGAUUCACUAUGUGCCCUGGCUUUUAAGACCAUUCAUAAUCAACAGAGAGGCCCGGUAACUUUUCUUCGAUUGUAUAAUGGGUCACUAAAAUCUGGUGAUUCUUUGCAUAACUUGAAUAGGGAAUGUGUUGAGAAGGCCUCGCGUUUGAUCAAAGUGUUUGCUGAUGAAUUUGAAGACAUAAAGUCAGCUUAUGCUGGGGAUAUCGUUGCAGUGAUCGGGCUGAAAAAGACUUUCACAGGAGACACAUUAUCAGACAGAAAACACCAAGAUUCAAAAGGAAAUUAUGUACUUGCUGGGGUAGAAGUUGGAGAACCAGUGUUUUUUUGUUCUGUGGAAGCAUCAUCUCUGACAGAGCAGGCUGCUUUGGAACAAGCACUGGAAAAUCUACAAAAAGAAGACCCUAGUUUCAAGGUUUGGGUGGAUGAAAGUACUGGAGAGAUAAACAUUGGUGGAAUGGGGGAACUCCAUAUUGAGAUCAUAAAACACAAACUUGUCACAGAAUAUAAACUAGACCCCUAUAUGGGUCCAUUGCACGUUUCAUACAAGGAAACAGUAGCUGCGUCUGCAACAGAGACAUACACCCUGGAUCAAACUAUUGGCAACAAGCACCAUCAUAUAGUGGUUUCCAUGACAGUAAAUCCAAACCCUGGUAAGGGAAUUCCUAGAAAAUUGGAGCUGGUGCAUCAUGGGGAAGACAAUUCUUUGCUGCAUUUGAGACAAGACCAUGUGAAGGCUUUGACAGAAGGAGUGCACACUGCCUUGCUACAAGGACCCAUUCUGAACUUCCCAGUGACUGAUGUGAAGGUAGAGCUCCACAGUCUUCAGAUAGAAGGUAGGACAACACUGCCAAUGAUAUCAGCUGCUGCCACACAGUGUAUUUCCCAAGCCUUGAGCAAUGCAGAACCUUUACUUUUGCAGCCCAUGAUGUCAGUGGAGAUUUUCACAGAAGUCGAAAGGAUUGGUGGAAUCCUGGAUGAUCUGAAAAAUAGGAAAGGCACAAUCGAAAAUGUUGAGAACAAGGGGGGAGCCCACAUUAUAACAGCCCUCUUACCACUGGCAGAAACUACAGGGUAUGCCACAAACCUGCGCCGCAUCACUUCAGGACAGACCACCUUCUCCAUGGAGUUGUUGGGAUACAAAGAAAUGGACCCAAAUGAACAGAAUGCAUUGUGUGAGAAAAUGGGAGCAACAGGUUUUUAACCUCUUUAUCAAUGGCAGCUUCAAAAGAUGUUAAGAAGGUCAAGAGAAAAUUUGCCCUGUGGAGUCUCUUUCACCAUUUAAGAAGUCUCUUUCACCACGUAAGAGAGGUUCAUUCCUGGGGAAUGGAAGGAGAGAAAGGAGGCGAUGUAAAUAGAGGACCCCUGUUCUCAGUCAGACUUUAUUAUAAUUGGUGACUCAAAAACACAAUCACUUUCACAGCUAAAGCACUAAGAUUUCCAGUUGCAGCAUAGGAGUGCUUCUGUUCAAAGCUAGGUCAUGCAGACGACUUUGCCUCACAUUUUCAGCUCAGGGGGGCCAUUCUCUCAAAGCUUUUAAAGGAAAGCAAAGCAAUUAAUGUCAGCAGUGGAAGUAAGUGAAAAUUGGCCCUUUUUCCGGUUUAUGAAAGUACAGGUCUUUGAUUUAUUUACUGCAAGAUUUUUUUGAAAUUCAUCAAUAAUCAUCAAAUAAUAUAAAACAUUUCAUGAGGAAAACAACUGUGGGCAUAGUAAUAGCCUGAAAGUGAUAUUUUGUAUGAAUUGAUAGUCUACAACAUGCCAAAGUUGUCUGUGUUACCUAGUUUGGAAACAAGGUGCAAACAUAUGAUUCCUGUGUUGGUGUUGCUAUGAAGACUUGAUGUCAAGAUUUAUUACUAGGUGAACCCAUUCUCAUCUUAUGAAAUUCCUUGGGUGAGUUUGGUGGAGUUCUUUUACUGACUAAUUAAAACAUUUGAUCAACUAAGGUCCAAUAUAUGAAAAUUGACACCUAGAUCAAUAAAAUUAUGUCAGUUGAUCCGGUUUUUGAUUUCAGGAUCAUUCAUUAGACAUUGGGUGUGGAGUGUAUUCAUUGCAAGCAUACGUAAUACUGCAUUCACUGUUAAGCAUAAAACUGCAUUCACUAUUCCUAAAACAAGAAUUUAGAACAGUCAUUGUCUUUGCAAGAUAUGUAGACAUUAAAAAUUUGGGACAUCUUCAAAUACAGAAUGUAUGUCUUUAAAUAUAAAGUAUUUUUUAUUCUAGUACAAUGUGAACAAUUCAUUUACAAGAAAAAUGUAGUUUUUUCUCCCGUUUAACAAGAAAUAAAAAUGCUACCUGUUGACAUGCAAUAA